CGCAGGUGAUCCGUCUCAGGAUGCGAGAGGAGAGCGGAGGAGAGGGGAAGAGAGAGGGGAAAGCGCCGAUGGAAAAGUGUCCAGGGCUCGGUUAACAAGAAAACAGGAUACCGGCCCGCUUCAGUUUGUCCUGGGCCACUCGGCGAUGAGAGAUUCACCGAAAGGGGCACUUUGAGAUAUGAUGAGGUUUAUUUCUGGUCGGCAAUAGUACUAUGAUUUGGUAUGUGGCCACUUUGAUAGCAAGUGUAUUCAGCACCCGAGGAACGGCCGCUCAAGGUGCCCACGGAGUGCGAGAGGAGCCCCAGUUUGUGACAGCACGUGCAGGAGACAACGUCAUCCUGGGAUGCGACGUGUCCCACCCCCUGAACGGCCAGCCCUAUGUGGUGGAAUGGUUCAAGUAUGGAAUGCCCAUCCCCUUCUUCAUCAACUUUCGCUUCUACCCUCCUCAUGUGGACCCAGAAUAUGCUGGCCGGGCCAGUCUGCAUGGCAAGUCCUCCCUGCGGAUAGAGAAUGUGCGUUCAGACGACCAGGGCUGGUAUGAGUGUAAGGUGCUGAUGCUGGAACAGCAGUAUGACACCUUCCACAAUGGUAGCUGGGUGCAUCUAACCGUCAAUGCCCCCCCCACAUUUACAGAUACACCACCUCAGUACGUAGAGGCCAAGGAGGGGGGGAGCAUCACUUUGACCUGCACGGCCUUUGGCAACCCCAAACCUUCAGUCAGCUGGCUGCGGGAAGGCAAUCUCAUGGUCAGCAGUGCCAAGUAUAAGGUGUCUGAUGGGAGUUUGACGGUGCUAUCCAUCACUCGGGAGGAUCGUGGGGCGUAUACAUGUCGAGCCUUCAGUCCCCAGGGAGAGGCCAUUCACACCACACGGCUGCUAGUACAAGGACCUCCAUUCAUUGUAUCACCACCGGAGAACAUUACAGUGAACAUCUCGCAGGAUGCCUUCUUCACCUGCCAGGCAGAGGCCUACCCUCGCAACCUGACCUACACCUGGUUCUGGGAGGAGGACAACGUCUUCUUCAAGAAUGACCUUAAGCGGAGAGUCAGUAUUCUCAUCGAUGGUUCCCUCAUCAUUGCCCAAGUCAAGCCAGAGGAUGCUGGGAAAUACACCUGUGCUCCCAGCAAUAGCCUGGGCCGACCACCGACUGCCUCUGCCUACCUAACAGUGCAAUAUCCUGCCCGUGUGGUAAACAUGCCAUCUGUCAUCUACGUGGCCAUUGGUCUGCCUGGCUUCAUCCGCUGUCCUGUAGAUGCCAACCCUCCUGUAACUCUGGUUAAGUGGAAGAAAGAUGGCCUCCCUCUACGGAUAGAUAAGUACCCUGGUUGGAGCCAAAUGGACGAUGGGAGCAUCCGCGUGGCAGAGGUGACGGAAGACUCUCUCGGCACCUAUACCUGUAUGCCUUACAAUGCCCUGGGUUCCAUGGGAUGGUCCCCUCCCGCUCCCCUGGUGCUAAAGGACCCUCCCAAAUUCUCAGUGGUUCCUGGAGGGGAGUACAGGCAGGAGGCUGGGAGAGAACUGGUCAUCCCCUGUGAGGCAGAGGGAGACCCCUUUCCCAACAUCACAUGGAGGAAGGUAGGGAAGCCCAGUAAAAGCAAGCACAAUGUUCUGCCCAGAGGCAGCUUACAGUUCAAGUCACUCACCAAGGAGGACCACGGGGAGUGGGAGUGUGUUGCCACCAACGUUGCCACGAGCAUCACUGCCAGCACGCACGUCCAAGUCAUAGGCACAAGCCCCCACGCCCCCACCAGUGUCCAUGUGGUGGCAUCCUCCACCUGGGCCAAUGUGUCCUGGGAGGCAGGCUAUGAUGGAGGCUUCCAACAGACAUUCUCAGUCUGGCUGAAGAGGGAGCAUUUAGGUCCACAUGACUGGCUUUCCAUACCCGUGCCUGGAGGCCACGACUGGAUGCUGGUGCCUGGUUUGGAGCCAGAGACAACAUACCAGUUCAGCAUCCUGGCCCAAAACAAGCUUGGCACAGGCCCCUUCAGCGAGGUUGUCACUGUGAACACACUAGUAUUUCCUAUAAGUACCCCUGAACCAUUGGUGCUGCUUACCCCACCACGGUGCCUCACAGCCAAUCGCACGCAGCAGGGAGUCCUGCUCACCUGGAUCCCACCUGCCAAUCACACAGCACCAAUCCAGCAUUAUGUCAUGGAGUUUCGCCUGGGGGAACGAUGGGAGGUCUUGGACGACAGCAUUCCUGCUGGGGAGACGGAGUUGCUUGCCCGAGACCUCAUCCAGGAGGCGUGGUAUGAGUUCCGCGUCAUGGCUGUCAUGGAUGACUUAAUCAGUGAGCCCAGUAAUGUAGUUGGAGUGUCCAGCACAGACUUCUUCCCUCCUCCAGAGAUGGUGGAGGAGCGUGGACUGGCACGGCCUGUGGUGGCUGGCAUCGUGGCCACCAUCUGUUUCCUGGCAGCAGCUGUCCUGUUCAGCACAAUGGCUGCCUGCUUUGUCAACAAACAGCGCCGGCGGAAGCUCAAGAGGAAAAGAGACCCCCCUCUUUCCAUAACCCAUUGCAGAAAAAGUCUGGAAACUCCGUCAUCUUCAGGCAAGGUGAGCCCAGAGAGCAUUCGUUCCAAGGCAUCCCCGUCUGAAUCAUCUGAAGAUAGUCAUGACCAGCGUGGGAAGAAACCACCCCCAAGUCCAGGGAAGAAGGAGGAAUUGUCUUUAUACAAGAAGACCAAAAGAGCAAUAACAAGCAAGAAGUACAGCAUCUCCAAGCAUGAAGCUGAAGCAACAACACCCAUUGAACUCAUCAGCCGAGGCCCUGAUGGACGAUUUGUCAUUGAUCCCACUGAUGCAGAAAUGUCUGUUAAGCCCCGACGAAUUGAGGGCUUCCCCUUUGUGGAAGAAUCAGACCUCUAUCCUGAAUUCCGGCAGUCAGAUGAAGAGAAUGAUGAUCCCAGGCCUUUGCCACCAGUUAUGGCCCCCCUUCGGCCUCACCAGAUUUCCCCCAUCUCCAGUCAGGAAUCCUAUCUGCAACCUCCAGCCUACAGUCCUCGUUUCCACAGGCCCUUUGAAGGUAUGACCAUCAUGGAGAGCAGUCGGCUCCAGGCCACUGGGCAGAUCCGAGGCUCUCUCCACCACAGGGCUUUCUAUGGCUAUCUAGGCCCCCCUGGGGAUCAUGAUCCCCCACCUCCUUUUUACAUGCCUGAUACCAGCCCUCUCAGCUCUGUCAUGUCCUCCCCUCCAUAUCUUGCUGAAGGUCCUUUUGGUCACCCCAUGAUUCCUGAAGAAAUGGGAGAGGGUGAUUUCCCACAAUAUGCUGUUUCUGGUUUUCCACUUCCUCUGACACUCACCUCUUCCUCUCGUUCACCGGAAAUUUGGCAGGGACUGGAUUUUACCUUUGCAAGUCUGGAGGGGCCCCAGUUCAUUUUUCCACCGCAUCACCCUUUGCAUCUUCGCCACGACUCCCCCUACCCUCCUCCGCCUCAUGUUCUUCCCCUUAGUGCUUUCCAGCCUUCAUCCCUCCCAAUGCCCACGUACCCAGCUGUCCUGCCACUGGAGGCCCCAAGGAGCCACUCAAGCAAGUCUCCUAGCAAGGCCAAGCCUCAUGGCUCCCCAGCCAAGCAUUUAGCUAUGCAAGAGGCACAUUUAGGGCAGCUAAGACACACAAGCCAUGGUAUGGGUGUGCCGGUUUUGCCUUACACCGAUCCAAUGGCCCAUAUUGUCCCUAGCACAUUCAGUAGCCUGGACACACGAUGGUUUGAAACCACCCCUCGUUUCAGUCCCAGACAGGCUCGUAGGAUGGAUUCUGGCAUGCAUCAGGUGGUUCUUCAGCCCUCUCGACUUUCACCCCUCACCCAAAGUCCCCUUAGCUCUCACGAGGGCUCCCCAGAGAUUGUAGUGCGUCCCAGGCCACGUCCCAGCAUUGUCCAGCCCCCCAUACCCCCAGAGAUGUCUGAGAUUACCCUCCUCCCUCCUUCUACAGCCAGCUUCUCAAGGAGAUCUUCCCCUUCCUCCUCACCCGCCCAAGGCCAGGGUAGCAGGAGAGCAAGCCCCAGCUACCGUUCCCACAUGGCCUUUGCCACGUCUGCAACCAGCUACCCAGCUUCCCAGUCCCCGUCACCCCCCAUGGAAAGCAGCAACAUAUUUGGGCAGAUGCCAUCUCAGAGGAGGACUGAGGAGGAGAUCCUUCCAUCUGAGCCCUCUCCACCCCAGUUGUCAGCUUCAGGAAAACGUCGAGGUGCGCCGAGUGCCCUUUCAGGGUCUGAGAGGAUUGAUGCACUGAGAUACCAACGUAUUAAAAAGGCCAAGAAGAUGACAAUGAACAACAAUAACUCCAAGACCAGAAAGAAAGCAGGUGUCUCCACCUCUCAGACCCAGCAGGCCUACACCUCUCAGGUACUCCAGCCGGAAGAAGCUCUCUACCUCCGCAAGAAGAGGAAACGGCCCAUCCUCCAUGACCCAUACACUCGCUUUUCUGCUCUGCUGUACCGCCGCCCACCUCGGGAGGACCAGAAGGCUAUUUUGGCAAGCAUGGACAGCAUAGACCUAGACCAUGCCACUCUCCUCUGAAAGUCCUUGAGGACAUGGUCACAACCAUGCAAUAUGCCCCCAUUCCAAAAUAACAGUAGGUAACGAUAGCUACAUCCCAGUUGGAAAAAAGACAACACUAUCAGUUAAAGAUGUUUAUUAUCUAUAAAGGGGAAUAGCACUAAAUUUCAGCAUUCAGAUUUGGUAUGUUCUUUAGCUAUGCCCUUGGUCAGUUCAGUCUGUAUUAAUAAGCAUUCUACCAUGUUCAUGAGCUAAUCUGUGAAGAAUGAGAAAUGAGAUCAAAAACCUACAACAAUUAUUUUCAAACUCAGUGAAACAGUACAGAUUGUGACUAAAAUGCUGGUUUCAGCUUACUGUUAGUGAAAUUACAGCAUUGGCAAAUUGCAAUGACAGGUUGUAGUCCUGGUUCUAAGGCUUUCCCUCUGAAAAGUUUGGAUUCAUUUUACUGAUAGGGAUGCCCAGAGGCUCAAGAAUGCUCUGUGUAUGCUUAAAUCAAGUUGUAUUCCCUUUUAAAAAUGUUAGACUCCUAGCAAUUCAAAUCAAAAAUGAUAGCUGCCACAGUUUUCCAAAGUUUUACUCCAGUGCAAAGGAUUAAUUCAAAAAGAGGCGAUACUUGAUUACCAACUCCCAUUUCUCCUAUUUUAUUUAAAUCUCCAGUGUUACUGUUUUUAAUUUGAAAUACUUCUCCAGGCCUGGGUCACGUUUCUUGUGCUGAGCCAAUCCCCUCAAAAAGCCCUGCAGGUCUCUGUUUACAGCACCUCCCACCGGAUCCUUUCCGCCAGCAACUCUCUUAUCUGCCGAGAAACUCACCUCACAAAUAUGGGUGUUCUCACUUCCUACCAAGUAUACCUCAGAGCACAGGACACGAGACCACACAACCACCAGGAUCAGCCAGCAGAACAAACUAGUUGUAUUUCAUCUCUUUAGUCCUUAUCGUUCCCCAUUCGCUUUUUUUAUAAUACCGCUUUCUACUUUCCCAUUCAUGUAUGUGCUUCCUCUAGUUUGUUAGAUGUACAUGCGUUUAGUUAAUUUAGUUUAUCUGUCUUGCAGAAGAAUAAUUUUGCCACAAAAAUGAGGAAAUCCGCCUUUACUUAUCUUUUCUUCUCUGCCAUAAAUGAUCAGGACAUGGGUGUGUUGUUUAAGCAAUGUCUGAUAAACAGAAACACAACCCUGAACUGCUUUACUUGGCCUACACAAGGAAUUCUAUUGAUUCUCACCAGAUGUAAUUUCUUAGUGAAUAGAUGUCAUUCAGCAGUGAAUCACACAGGGUUUCACCAGGGGCUUACAUUCACAUUUCACACAGUCUCAUAUCAAACCACUGACAGGCACAAUGAAAAGUGGAAAUUCAGUUAUAAACAAACUGUAAAUUUUCAGUUAGAAUACAUUACCGAGAAACAUAGAGAAAACCAUUUGAUACAAUAUAAAUUGACUUGAUUGCUCCAAUUAAACCACUCCUCAGCUCUGUCUUUAGCUUCUCAUAUGUCAGAACGGUUUGCACUGGAGCAAAAUCUUGUCCAUUUCAAUUGAUAUGUGUCUGUUCCUUUACAACUUCCUCUCUAGUUCCUCUACUUUAGGUAAUUUAGAGGGCUCCAAAUCCUAUUCUCAAAGAACUUUAGUCAUGCCAAAAACAAUCCACUUACAGAAAAGAACAAACCAUACAUAUUGGAGGAUAGGAUUUUGUGCCAUAGAAUAUGAUAGUAUUUUUUUUCAUACUCAUGAGAGGGUGUAAAAAAAAAUGUUUGGCCUUAAUGGAGCAUCUGGUUGGUUGCCUGCCUCACUUGUGUCUAAAUUUUUAUCUUAUCUCUUUUUUUAAAUUAUUUUAUUUGUGUGUUUGUGGGCACUUGUGUAAGCACCUGCCUCUUUUGGUGAUUUCUAUCCAUAGCCUUUUGUAUUUUGUUUCUUUAUGUGCUUCUCAUUUAAAGUGGAAAUACUGAGAGUAAAUACUAACAGUAUGUGGCACUGAAGACAACACAAAGUGAGCCAAAAGUUGUUGUUGUAUACUCUUCUUCUUUGCUCAGUUUAUUUUGAAAGAUUCCACUGAUUGAGAUAAUUAGAAUUGCCUGUGUAACUAACAUAGACAUGAGGAUACUAAGGGGCUAAAAACAAUUUUUAUUGGAUAAGUAAUGGAAGUGCCAUAACAUCAGAAACUCGGCUAUAUCACACAUCACACAUGCUGUAGCUUAGUCAUGUUUUAGAGUCAACAGAGGAUGAGUGUGUUUUGUAACAGGUCAGGCUGUUUUUUUCCCCUAAAUUCUGCUCAAAAGGUGCUUGAUUUGUUCAGAGGAUGUAUUCACUUGUCAAUGUUAAGUUAACAUAUCCUUAACACUGGGCUCCUAAUGCAACAUCUCAUAGGUAUGUUUUUCAUGUAUUUCUUGAUUGAUUUGUGUCAUUUGUGAUUUUGAGCAAAUUCUGACACAGCUGCAACUCCAACAUAGUCUUCUAAAACCAGUCACAUUUUAAGUAACUGAAUUUGGCUGCUUGAAGAUAUUUCCGCAAUGAAUGCUUUUAGCUCGCACUUUUUUUAAUUUACAUCUAUUUAGCAAAACAUAGAAUCCUAAGUCCCCUGGGAGCAAUUUAUACUUAUACAUUUUUUUAAAAAGUGUCCUGACUCAUAACCAUAUCCAGCACUGGGAAAAAGUUAAUUCAUUAGAGUUGUGUAGUUGUCAAAAACAACCAUUUCAGUAAAGAAGCUAGUGCCUUUAUUUACGAUGGAAUUAAUAUGUCUCCAGGGUUGGAGCAUUUGGCGGCUAACAAUUAAGUAUUGAGUCUGUGUCAAUAUGUAUCAAUAUAAUGCACUUAUUGUGGAAAUAACUUUAAAAUACAAUUUAUAAAAUGCAAUCUCAAACUAAAGUUAGGCCACAGCCUCUACUUCCAAAGAUAACAGUCAGCAUGAAUAAUUUCUGUGAGAAAGAAGUGGCGUGAAAAUGUGCAAAGAACACCCACAUCAUUGAUCAUCACUGAAAAAUCAGUGAUCUAAACAACUGCAGCAGUAAUGAGAGCCACUGCCCAUCUCUGUCAAUACUAUGGUGUUGGAAGGGCGGUGCACGCAAUAGUUUAACUUGCCUAAAUAAAAGAGGGGAUAAGGAACUACCAUGUGACACCAACAUAUUCAGAUGUAAGGACUGAAACAUAUCAGCUAAGAAACCAUCUCAUCACAGGUGCUUUAGCAGUGGUGUCAAACAGUGGCUCUUCUUGCAGCCUAAGGUGCUAAGCAAACCAUGAAGUAAUGCUAUUCCGAUGGGUGAUUCUUCUAUAAAUGAUUAAAAAUGCCACUUCCAUUUUCACAACCAUGUAAUUGUUUGUGCAUUUUUUAAUAUAGAACAAUGAGAAGAGGCUGCACUGCUGCUUGUUUAAAAUGAAUCUCUGCUUAGAAGGCACUUGUUGGAGUGGUGGUUGGAUUCAAAAUCACACUGAAAGGGAAGCAAUGACCUCUUCUUCCAUAAAAGUCUUUAUUGUGGCAUACCAACAGCAAUGUUAAAAAAAACAAAACAA